AUGAACACAGCCAUCAUCGACUUCUUCACUACAUACAUCCUCCCUGGACGAGAGCCCCCACCUCGACCACCUCCUUCCUCCGAAGACACCCACGUCCCAGCUCUAGAGCCAAGAGGGAAACUAUUCGAUCUUCUUCAGAGAGUCUACACCCUCCACCACGCCUCAGGGGAAGACUCAACCCCAAAGGCAAGCGUAAUCUCCCAAGCCGUCCAGAUUUGGCACGAACUCGAUACCUGGGAUCCGGAUUCGACUGAAGAAGGAGAAGGAGAAGAGGGUUCAUCACCAGAGACCCUGCUUCUCUACAGACUAUACAAAGAUACAAUCUUCCUCUGGACAUACCUCAUCGUCCAUCCGGACGACGUGUCUGGAUGGAAGGCCCAGGAUGCGGUGCGGAAUAUCCUCUCUGGUGUUGAAGAGGUCAGGGACGAGGAUGAGUUAGGGCUAUUUGUGGUGAUGCCGCUUUUCUUUGGUGGACUUGUUGCUUUUCUUCCUGAGGAUCGAGAUAUCGUAGGAAGUACGUUUGAGCAUUUGGAGGAGCAUGCUUGGGGAGUUAGGCUUCGGGCCCCCUAUGAUAUCGUCCAGCGCUCUUGGGCGUUGUAUGAUAGUGGUUCUCAGCGAUGCUGGAACUGGAUGGUACAUGAACAGGAGGGAACAUAA